AUGGUGCAGAUGCCUGAUGUCCUCAUGUCAACAUCCGUCGUCGACGCGCCUUUGGCACGACGCGUAGGCGCAGGCAGAGUGCGCUCCGGCUUUGAGGAAGUAUCACCUUUGAAAGAACACCUGGACGGUCUUCGUGGUUCCAUCGAGUCCAUGAACGCCGCAUGGGGCAAAAGCCGAGAAGUUAUGGAGCGUACUUACGGAAGAGCUCACGUGUUGAAGCAGCAGUUGGAUUCAACUUGGCAAAAUGGACAGGCCGCGCUUGAUGCAGCUUGCCACAGACUCCGGGACAGUUUAGACAAGGCUGGCGAGGACCGGAUUCUUUGUGAGGAGGCACAGUCUAGUGUGACAGAGGGGCUGCCAGCGCUCUUUCUGAAACGAUUCAAGGACCCAGUGCGCUUUGCCAACUUUCAGGGAGGAACUAUCCACGGAUGCCAGCCUUCGAAGUUUGGUUCUGCACCAGGAGACGAGUGCAACUGUCCAGAUGGCCAUGAAGAGCUUGGGUGCCAGGAUUCGACCGACACCUCGAGCUUCCAGCUGAAGUGCAGCAAUCUUCUGAACACGCAAAUCCCAUCUUCUGGCGCUGUUGACUUCUUCAAGUCAGGUGGAGCCUGCAACAUCACGUCAAAUGAUGAUAUCGUGAAGCAGGUCGUCGAUGACGAAAUGCUGAAGCAUCUGGAGGCUAAAGAUAUCAAUGGCUGGACUAAUUUUUGGCACUAUGCCAUCGAGGCCCUUGCAUCGAUGACGGAGGAUGUGGAGACUGCCUCAGGGGAUCUUGCAGUCGGUAGUGAGUAUGCUACGCCGCGGUGCGAGAUGCUGUCGGCUCUGGUGGUCAGGACGUAUGUUGGGCAGGGCAAUGGAAACUAUGAGAAGGUUGAGAAGUACAUGCAGGUCUCUGGUGGUGCCUAUUCCAUAACGGAGGUUCCCACGCGGAGGAUAAGUCCAAUGUGCUGCUGCUGGUGUUUAUGCGUUCUGGGCAUGACGUUGGCACUUCUGCUUGUCUUCCUGCUGCGAGGUCCUCUCUCCGCUGCAAUUGGAAGUGUUGGAAGUGACAUGAUGACUGCUUCAGACGAUUUCCGGUACUCGGCUCCAAUGUACGAUUGCAGUGUCGGCACCUGGCUGACCAAUUUCAGGAGUGAUGUGGAAGCCGGGACACGGGCGUACCGCGGUCAAGUCUUCAAAGAUUCCGACACGAACUUCGAUGGUCUUCUGAGCCCAGGGGAGCUUUCUGCAGCGAGUUCGAAGCUUCCCCAGUGCUUCGCGCAAUAUGGGCUCCAGUGGGACCAGGACGGCAAUGGGCUCAGCCUGGGCGAGAUGGAAGCAGGGCUGGCGCAACAGGCAGGGGUGAAGUCCCACGACAUCCUUUUGGAGCCUGCAAAAACGACGGCUGUAGCGGACUUGGACUGUGAUGGCUUCAUCAGUGUUCCAGAAUUUCGAGCCAUGUAUGCUCAUCCUUUACCGCAACACACGAAGGAUCUGCUGAUUGGUGGCGAUGUGGAUGCGGAUGGAAAGUUGGGCAGAGUGGAGAUGAUUGCAGCACUCCAGAAGUCGAUGGUUGCCUCGAACCCAGCGCAGUCAAGCCGACUGACUGCAGAGAUUUGGAACGAGACAAAGCGAGCAUGGUGCUAG